GGGGAGAGGAGAAGCCGGUGGGAGCACAGCCUGUGGGUAGGUGAGGUUGAGAAGCCAAGAACACCAGGGUCUGACCGUGCUGGGGCUGAGUCACCCACCAGCAUCUCUCACACCAGCUUCUGGAGAGCCAGUGCCCAGAGUCCUGCUGGGACCAGCUUCGGCCUGGGGGCCUUUCCCUGCUGUAAAACAGCAUCUCUGCCCUUCGUCAUCCUGACACUGGUGAACUCCCCAUACAAGCGGGGCUUCUACUGCAGCGAUGACUCCAUCCGCUACCCCUACAAGGCAGACACCAUCACUCAUGGCCUCAUGGCUGGAGUGACCAUCACCUGCACUGUUGUCAUUAUCUCAUUAGGGGAGGCUUAUCUGGUCUACACGGAGCGCCUCUAUUCCAAAUCAGAGUUCAACAGCUACCUGGCUGCCCUCUACAAGGUGGUGGGGACCUUCCUCUUUGGCGGGGCCAUCAGCCAGUCCCUGACUGACCUGGCCAAAUACAUGAUCGGCCGCCUGCGGCCAAACUUCCUGGCUGUCUGCAAUCCCGACUGGUCCAAGGUGAACUGUUCCAUCUAUGUGCAGCUGGACAAUGUCUGCCAGGGAGAGAGCAGGAAUAUCACCGAGUCCAGACUAUCUUUCUAUUCUGGACACUCCUCCUUCGGGAUGUACUGCAUGAUGUUCCUGGCGCUCUAUGUGCAGGCCCGGCUGGUGGGGAAGUGGGCCCGACUGCUGCGUCCCACCAUCCAGUUCUUGCUCAUCGCCUUCGCCAUCUAUGUGGGCUACACCCGGGUGUCCGACUACAAGCACCACUGGAGCGAUGUGCUGGCAGGGCUGCUCCAAGGGGCUCUCAUUGCCGUCCUCAUUGUCCGCUACGUUUCUGACUUCUUCAAGCACCGUCCGCCCCGGCAGUGUGACGAGAAGGACCCGGAGCGCAAGCCCAGCCUGCCGCUCACCAUGAGCGACCCCGACCGCAAUCACUACAGCUACCGGGGCACCCCGUGAGCUGCAGCCCUGCCCCUGCCCUCACCACCACCGCCCCUGCUGCAGGGGAAUGGGGUCGCUGCCUCUGUGUUCAACUGCUGGCUCCACGGCUCCGGUGCUGCCGCAGGUACCUGCGGGACGGCCCUGCCCAUCCCCGCACUCCUGGCUCCCCGUGUUUGCCGGUGGCCCUGCGAUUCCCAACACCCUGCCUGUGGGAAGGGGAGGUCCUUGGUCCCUUGCUGUGUCUGAGUCACACUCCAAGGCUGCCAUCCCAGCCCUCCACGUGGAGGGAGGGAGGGGAGGGUGGCACGUGGGGGUGGAUUUAUCGGGCUGGCAAACCACACCGAGCGAAGAGCAAACUUGUUGGGAAGUCUGAGGUUGCCUGUGCUGAGUGUGUGUUAUCCCUGUCAAAUUACCCAGCCUUAUGAGUACAAAUCCUCACAAGCACAGGGGGAGGAGGACAGCUGCUGGGUUAGCAAUACUUUUUUGGAAAGGAUUAAAGCAAUCCAGAGCUUGUCUCUGUUCCCUGAUUACCUUUAAAAGCAGUCCUGGCUGCCAGCAGCUGAUGUGAGUGGAGGGUGCAGGGGCAGGCUCAGGCUCCACUCUGCUCCAGUGGUGCUGGAUGCUGUGGUGCUGGGAGCAAGGCUUCCUGCACCCUGCCUGCUUUGCUCCUGGCUUGGGGCGAGGGAAUGCUCCAGCCUUUGUCUCUCCUGCAGCUUCAGCUGAUGCUUUAGGGAGGGUGGAGGGGGGGAGAGAGAUGGGGAAAGGGAGAAGUUUUCUGUGGUAAAGGAAAAUAAAUGGGGAUCUGGAGCUGAAUGCAGGACUCCAAAUGCCCUGGGAAGGUGGAGAAUGGGUCUCGGAGUAGUCCCAUCGCUGACACGCAGCUUCCUCCGGCACUAGAACACUGUGGGCCUCUUUUUAAACUACAUGCAUUUUCAUUAUGAUGUGUUUUUAUAAAUAUGUGUGUUUUUUAAAUUAGAUCAUCCUUAAAGAA